AUAAAGCGAGUGACGGAAUAAAAGUGAAAGGUCGGUCCCACCCCGUCUUGGAUCGAUGACGUUGGACUGUUAUUCCAUCAAAUAUGGAAGGAGCCAGGAUGUUGAGUCAGAAGAUUCUAUGGAGCCUGCGCAUGGAAAAUAUGGGUGCUUCAGCGCCGGUCCCUGAUUUGGAUCGGAUCGGCAUUGGAUUCGCCCCAGAUUGGCGGGGUUUGAGUGGGCUUGGCUGUGAAACAUUUCAAUCCAUGCCAAUGCCCUCAAGAUCUGAAGAAAACUCAAUGCCAAUCCGAUCCGAAUCCGACUUAUCAGGAGCCCUACCGCUGAGAGACUGGUUGCCAUGUUUGGAACGCCGUUUUAAGAGAGAUCAUAUCCCUUUGAGUUACCUUCUGACGAACACCGAGAUCUACCCGCCGACAAGGGCGAGGAUCUGGAGAGGAUCGCAUGAAGUGGCAGAACUCUUAGAUCGGGCAAGGUGGAAGAAUACCGAGAGACGGCGCGUUUGGUCCCAGAUCUUCAGAGAUGCAUAUCAGAUUCUCAGUACCAACUCGACACAUUUGCAUCCCGAUAUCGGGCUGGAAAGGAGUUGAGCGAAGCAGAAUGUGCUGUUGUGGAGGGCGCUUGUUUGACGAAAGUAAUACAAUGCAGAAAAGUACACGUAAGCAAAAGUGGCAGGUUUUACAUAAUUAUGAAGCAGCCAGAGUGACCUGCAGUGCAGGUAAAGUUCAUAUUCACAGGAGGUUGCAUUGUGUCAGCGGGGUAUUCGGUGAUCAGAUAGCGUGGAUGGCGUCGCGAUGUUGUAAUUCA